GUCAGGACUCCAGUCAGCCAGCCAUGGCAGGCAGGCAGGAGCCAGGACUCCAGCCAGCCAGCCAAGGCAGGCAGGCAGGGGCCAGGACUCCAGCCAGCCUGCCAAGGCAGGCAGGCCAGGACCAUGACUCCACUCAGCCAGCCAAGGCAGGCAGGCAGCAGCCAGGACUCCAGCCAGCUAGCCAAGGCAGGCAGGCAGGAGUCAGGACUCCAGUCAGCCAGCCAAGGCAGGCAGGCAGGAGUCAGGACUCCAGUCAGCCAGCCAUGGCAGGCAGGCAGGAGCCAGGACUCCAGUCAGCAAGCCAAUGCAGGCAGGCAGGAGCCAGGACUCCAGACAGCCAGCCAAGGCAGACAGGCAAGGACCAUGAUCCAGUCAAACAGCCAAGGCAGGCAGGCAGGAGCCAGGACUCCAGGCAGCUAGCCAAGGCAGGCAGGCAGGAGCCAGGACUCCAGUCAGCCAGCCAAGGCAGGCAGGCAGGGGCCAGGAUUCCAGCCAGCCUGCUAAGGCAUGCAGGCCAGGACCAUGACUCCACUCAGCCAGCCAAGGCAGGCAGGCAGCAGCCAGGACUCCAGCCAGCCAGCCAAGGCAGGCAGGUAGGAGCCAGGACUCCAGUCAGCCAGCCAAGGCAGGCAGGUAGGAGCCAGGACUCCAGUCAGCCAGCCAAGGCAGGCAGGCAGGAGUCAGGACUCCAGUCAGCCAGCCAAGGCAGGCAGGCAGGUGCCAGGACUCCAGACAGCCAGCCAAGGCAGACAGGCAAGGACCAUGAUCCAGUCAAACAGCCAAGGCAGGCAGGCAGGAGCCAGGACUCCAGGCAGCUAGCCAAGGCAGGCAGGCAGGAGCCAGGACUCCAGUCAGCCAGCCAAGGCAGGCAGGCAGGGGCCAGGAUUCCAGCCAGCCUGCUAAGGCAGGCAGGCCAGGACCAUGACUCCACUCAGCCAGCCAAGGCAGGCAGGCAGCAGCCAGGACUCCAGCCAGCUAGCCAAGGCAGGCAGGCAGGAGUCAGGACUCCAGUCAGCCAGCCAAGGCAGGCAGGCAGGAGUCAGGACUCCAGUCAGCCAGCCAUGGCAGGCAGGCAGGAGCCAGGACUCCAGCAAGCCAGCCAAGGCAGGCAGGCAGGGGCCCGGGCUCCAGCCAGCCAGCCAAGGCAGGCAGGCAGGUGCCAGGACUCCAGUCAGCCAGCCAUGGCAGGCAGGCAGGAGCCAGGACUCCAGCCAGCUAGCCAAGGCAGGCAGGCAGGGGCCAGGACUCCAGCCAGCCUGCCAAGGCAGGCAGGCAAGGACCAUGACUCCACUCAGCCAGCCAAGGCAGGCAGGCAGGAGUCAGGACUCCAGUCAGCCAGCCAAGGCAGGCAGGCAGGAGCCAGGACUCCAGUCAGCCAGCAAAGGCAGGCAGGCAGGAGUCAGGACUCCAGUCAGCAAGCCAAUGCAGGCAGGCAGGAGCCAGGACUCCAGCCAACUAGACAAGGCAGGCAGGCAGGAGCCAGGACUCCAGCCAGCCAGCCAAGGCAGACAGGCAAGGACCAUGAUCCAGUCAAACAGCCAAGGCAGGCAGGCAGGAGCAAGGACUCCAGUCAGCCAGCCAAGGCAGGCAGGCAGGAGCCAGGACUCCAGCCAGCCAGCCAAGGCAGGCAGGCAGGGGCCAGGACUCCAGCCAGCCAGCCAAGGCAGGCAGGCAGGAGCCAGGACUCCAGCCAGCCAGCCAAGGCAGGCAGGCAGGAGUCAGGACUCCAGUCAGCCAGCCAAGGCAGGCAGGCAGGAGCCAGGAGUCCAGCCAGCCUGCCAAAGCAGGCAGGCAAGGACCAUGAUCCAGUCAAACAGCCAAGGCAGGCAGGCAGGAGCCAGGACUCCAGGCAGCUAGCCAAGGCAGGCAGGCAGGAGCCAGGACUCCAGUCAGCCAGCCAAGGCAGGCAGGCCAGGACCAUGACUCCACUCAGCCAGCCAAGGCAGGCAGGCAGGAGUCAGGACUCCAGUCAGCCAGCCAAGGCAGGCAGGCAGGAGCCAGGACUCCAGUCAGCCAGCAAAGGCAGGCAGGCAGGAGUCAGGACUCCAGUCAGCCAGCCGUGGAAGGCAGGCAGGAGCCAGGACUCCAGCAAGCCAGCCAAGGCAGGCAGGCAGGGGCCCGGGCUCCAGCCAGCCAGCCAAGGCAGGCAGGCAGGUGCCAGGACUCCAGACAGCCUGCCAAAGCAGGCAGGCAAGGACCAUGACUCCAGUCAGCCAGCCAAUGCAGGCAAGCAGGAGGCAGGACUCCAGCCAGCUAGCCAAGGCAGGCAGGCAGGAGCCAGGACUCCAGUCAGCCAGCCAAUGCAGGCAGGCAGGAGCAAGGACUCCAGUCAGCCAGCCAAGGCAGGCAGGCAGGAGCCAGGACUCCAGCCAACUAGCCAAGGCAGGCAGGCAGGAGCCAGGACUCCAGUCAGCAAGCCAAUGCAGGCAGGCAAGGACCAUGACUCCACUCAGCCAGCCAAGGCAGGCAGGCAGGAGUCAGGACUCCAGUCAGCCAGCCAAGGCAGGCAGGUAGGAGCCAGGACUCCAGUCAGCCAGCCAAGGCAGGCAGGCAGGAGUCAGGACUCCAGUCAGCCAGCCAUGGCAGGCAGGCAGGAGCCAGGACUCCAGCAAGCCAGCCAAGGCAGGCAGGCAGGGGCCCGGGCUCCAGCCAGCCAGCCAAGGCAGGCAGGCAGUGGCCAGGACUCCAGCCAGCAAGCCAAGGCAGGCAGGCCAGGACCAUGA